GCCAAGUCAUGUAUCUGCCACAUGUGCGGCGCCCACCUCAACAGACUCCACUCCUGCCUCUACUGCGUUUUCUUCGCCUGCUUUGCCAAAAAACACAUCCACGAACAUGCCAAGAGCAAAAGGCAUAACCUAGCUAUCGACCUGCUGUACGGGGGAAUUUACUGCUUUAUGUGCCAAGACUACAUUUACGACAAAGAGAUGGAACAGAUCGCCAAAGAGGAACAAAGGAAGGCCUGGAAGAUGCAAGGUAUCGGGGAAAAGUACUCGACGUGGGAGCCGACGAAGAGGGAGCUGGAGCUGCUGCGUCACAACCCCAAAAGAAGGAGGAUCACCUCCAACUGUACAAUUGGCCUGCGCGGGCUGAUAAAUCUGGGCAACACGUGUUUUAUGAACUGCAUCGUCCAGGCACUGACACACACCCCACUGCUGCGAGACUUCUUCCUCUCGGACCGGCACAAAUGCGAGAUGCAGAGCAACUCCUGCUUGGUGUGCGAGAUGUCGCAACUGUUCCAGGAGUUCUACUCAGGCCACCGCUCACCUCACAUCCCGUUCCGCCUCCUCCACCUCGUGUGGACCCACGCCCGUCACCUGGCUGGCUACGAGCAGCAGGAUGCCCACGAGUUCCUCAUCGCAGCGCUGGACGUCCUGCACAGACACUGCAAAGAUGACAAUGGGAAGAAGGCAAACAACCCGAACCACUGUAACUGCAUCAUUGACCAAAUCUUCACAGGGGGCCUGCAGUCUGACGUCACCUGUCAAGCCUGCCAUGGUGUUUCAACAACUAUAGACCCAUUUUGGGACAUCAGCCUGGACCUGCCAGGCUCUUCCACACCAUUCUGGCCCCUCAGCCCCGGAGGAGAUGGAUCAGCACUUAACGGAGAGAGUCACACCACUGGAGCCACAGCACUGACGGACUGUCUGCGCAGGUUCACCAGACCAGAACACCUCGGGAGCAGCGCAAAGAUCAAGUGCAGCGGCUGCCAUAGUUACCAGGAGUCUACCAAGCAACUGACGAUGAAGAAGCUGCCCAUCGUGGCGUGCUUUCACCUCAAAAGGUUUGAGCAUUCGGCCAAACUGCGGCGGAAGAUCACUACUUAUGUCUCCUUUCCUCUGGAGCUGGACAUGACCCCGUUCAUGGCCUCUAGUAAAGAAAGCCGGAUGAAUGGGCAGUACCAGCAGACCGUGGAUCCCUUCAACAACGACAACAAGUACAGCUUGUUUGCAGUGGUGAACCACCAGGGGACACUAGAGAGCGGUCAUUACACCACUUUCAUCCGACAGCACAAGGACCAGUGGUUCAAAUGUGACGAUGCAAUUAUCACCAAGGCUAGCAUCAAGGAUGUCCUGGAUAGUGAAGGGUACCUUCUGUUUUACCACAAACAGUUCCUGGAGUACGAAUAAGUCCCUGCAUCAGCACGGCCUGCAGGAUGAGCUGAGGGACGACGCAAGGAUUUGUUUGUAACAGAGUGAUGAGAAAGGCAAAGAAACACGUUGUCAUUGGCAAGUCCCACCCUUACUACACACCAGUCUAGUUACUCUGUGUGACAUGCAAGAAGGACACUGUCUGCUGUGCAGGAGAAAUCCAACAAAUCUGACUGGAUGGGCCCUAAAGGAACUUUAUGUACUUGAAUUCAGGGGAUGAAGAAGAAAGCAGCAAGUCCGUGUACAAGUCUGCUAAAGAAAAAAAAAGAAGAAGAAAAGAAAAGGAGUGCAGAGUCCUUCUACAUUUUUGUUCUCUUAUCAGACACAAAUGCAAGAGAAGCUUCACUUGAUCACAAAUGCUGUCCUUCACCAAUGUCUUGCUACAUGCUUCUUGCACAGCUGCAUAUGUAGGGGAAGAAGCAGAGCAACAGCUUUACACAGAGCUACAAGGCUCUGUUGUGAUAUUGUUCUUUCCCCCUCUCUUCAAGGCAAUCUUCCGGACACAAGCGCACUUGUCUAACACAGCUACGCUCCUCCAAAAGACCAAAUAUUUCAAGGGUGGAAGUUGUCUUCGUAUGCUUUUUUUUUUUUUUUCCAGAGUGCAGCUACUGGGGAAGGGAAAAAAGACGUUAAUCAUAGUAUUGUGUCUGAAGUUUAUUCCAUUUUUAUUACUUGCGAGCUUGUAGUUAUCGCUCAGAAACCAUUUUCCCUGCGAAGGACAUGAAGGAUCUGUUAUUUUCUGCCUGUCUCCUCGUCAAAAAUGGGGAAAUAGACAACACAGUAAAUAUAUUUUUAUACAUACUGCAAUUUAAAAACAUUUGUUUGCAGUUUUGCGUUCUCCCUGGACUCUCACGUUGUUCAUCUGCGUUACAUUGUGCUGUCAAUCUCAUAUAUAUCUUUUUUUUUUGUACACAUGACUUUCAUGACACUGCUGCUAUAGGCUGCUUCUUUUUUUUGUUUUUGAUUUCAGUCGUGUUCUCCACAUUAAUGGAACAUUGUAAUGAUGCUGUUUCAGGUAAAUGGCAAAAGAAAGAAAGUAAAC